AUGGCUUCUCAAGGCAGUGGAACAAAUGGUUCGCAAUCCUCAUCUUCACCCAGCACCGAGAAGCCUCUCGCAAUCCCCAAAUUGAUACCUCGUUCUCAGCGGAAGUCUUCCACUCCGUCAACACCAUCAUCGGAACCCGCUCCUCAAACACCUCCCUUACCAGAUCCGCCUCAACCAGGGUCUAUACAAUUCACCACCCCUGUGAAGCGGAUAUUGUCUCCCUCCGAUCACGAAAAGUUCUUGAAAUCCUCAACGUAUACUUUGAUCCAAGCAUGGAUAUUCACGUUGUCAGACUGUGUACGAGGGCGACCCAUUUCGGCCGUCGACGACCAGCAUUUGUCCGAUCGCAUCCGACGCCUAGAUGCCGUGCUCAAUAUUAUUGAGGAUCUCAUUGACCAAUUCCCUCCUCUUGAUACGGGGUCGCGAUUUGGGAACCCGGCCUUCCGAAGUCUGCACAAAGCGAUCGUUCGAGGCGUUGAGAAGAUACACAGGGAAGCGCUUGGGCUAGACGAUGAAAAAGCUAUUCAAGAGGUCUCGGUCUACUUCAUCAACUCGUUCGGCUCAGAGGAACGGCUUGAUUACGGUUCGGGCCAUGAGUUGAAUUUCAUGAUGUGGCUGCUAUGUCUUUACCAACUGCGGCACAUUCAUCGCGAAGAUUUUCUGGCCCUGGUCUUACACACCUUCAUGCGAUAUCUCCACUUGAUGAGGAGGAUUCAGAGUACAUACUACCUCGAGCCGGCUGGCAGUCAUGGCGUAUGGGGGCUAGAUGACUAUCACUUCUUGCCGUUCUUGUUUGGGGCAAGUCAGUUGAUUGGACACCCGUACAUCACACCGAAAUCCAUUCACAACAAUGUCAUUCUGGACGAGGAAGGGGACAAAUACAUCUAUCUCAACCAGGUUCGGUGGGUGGACAGUGUCAAGACAGUCAAGGGCCUGCGGUGGCACAGCCCCAUGCUGGACGAUAUCUCGGGCGCAAAGAAUUGGCAGAAGAUUGAGGACGGCAUGAGGAAGAUGUUUGUCAAAGAAGUCCUCGGCAAACUGCCCAUCAUGCAACACUUUCUCUUUGGGAGUCUCAUUCCUGGAACCGCAGACAUGGGCCAACUGGAUCCCGAAACCGUCCGCCUCCAAGCGGAAAGAAUGCAGCAUGUCAAGGAGUACGGUCACGAACCUGACUAUUGGGGUGACUGCUGCGGCAUCAAAGUCCCGAGUACGGUUGCAGCCGGCGAAGAAAUGCGAAAGCGAAUGGGCACGUCAGGCGCACUACGCCCGAUACCGUUCGACUAG